UCUUUUCCAUAAUUCUCACACUGUCUGUAGUCAUACUAAUUAGUCUGCUUUGGCCAAGCUCGCGAAUAAAAUUCGACGGGAGAACCGCAAAUUUCCUUCGGAAAGUGCUACUUUUCAUUCCUCGAAUUUAACACAUUUAGAUCGGCGCGCUAGGUCGAUAAAGCGAUAAAGUAGAGAGCUCAGGCGAAGAUAUGACAAGAUAAAUUGCCAUUCAAUGUCGAAAAAGACAUCACAAUUUCGAGGGGCUAAUCUCGAUAGCGAAUGCGUGAGCAGUGUGGUAUGGUGAUCGGAGUUGCUGUGCGACACGAGACGAAAGUGAUAAUAUAUUCAUCAAUUAGGAUAGUUACACUGGAGACGGCUUUUCCACGGGUAUUUUUCAUUGGUUGAUAUCCUAAACACAAGACUCCGCUGAAUCCGUAAUUUGUAAAAGCUCUAGCACACCUCUUCAGUACAGAACAUAAACAGAAUUUAUCGCAGAAGGAAAUAUCCGCGAUAAUGGCGACUGUUUUCGGAGGAAAAUGGAGUUACAUCGACGGGGAGAAUGCCCUAGGGCCUUUGAGAUGGCACAAGUGCUACAUUGGAGCGGAGCCUGGGCACCAGUCGCCUAUCGAUAUCGUGACGAAAGAUGUCACGCAAGACUCUAGCUUGGGAUCCCUGUGGAACACGUACGAACCGGUAGCUAACAGUACUUUAACAAAUGACGGUAGAACCUUGCAGCUGACGUUUGCCAAUAACAACAAUGUGUUGUCUGGGGGACCGCUGACCGAUGAGUACCAACUUGCAAUGAUAAAAUUCCACUGGGCAGCGACGGAAGAGUCCGCGGGCUCAGAGCACAUGAUUGACAGUCAGGGUCACGCAAUUGAGGUACAGCUUGUUCACUGGAAUAAAACGAAAUACAGAAAUAUUGGCGAGGCGAUCACAGGCGAGCAAGGCAUCUGCAUAUUGGCCGUCUUCUUUCAGGUUGGCAACGAAGCGAAUGAAGGUCUUGACGUCAUCGUUGAUCUCCUGUCUAAAGACGAGCACAAGGGGUGUUUCUCAACUGAAGUCAAAGCAGCGAUAGACCCAAAAAUAUUUUUCCCAGAAAGUGAGUACUGGACAUACGAGGGAUCUCUCACUACCCCUCCCCUGACAGAAAACGUGACGUGGGUCAUCUGUCAAUCAUCACUCAUUCUAUCUGAAGACCAGAUGAACGUUUUCCGAAACAUCAGGAACUCCCAUGGCGAUCUCAUGGCCAAGAAUUCGCGCCCGGUCUGUCCGAUUAACGGCCGUACAAUCCGAUCCUCGGAUACGCUCAAUAAUAAACAUAAUGACCAGUAAUCCGAUAGAUGUUUCUUUAUUCCCCUUCUGUCUUAGAAAUGAAUACUAUCAAUUAAACAUAGUUAAAAUAAUACUUUUCAAAGUACAUCGGAAUACCUGUGAUAAACAGACAAAAUUGGUAGUCAGAUGUAUUUUGCUUUUGAUUUUUUGAUAUUUCUUUCUCAGAUUUUUAUUCUAAGAAGCACAUCACCAAUAUUUAACACCGAAUAUUUUUUUGCGCCCAAUAUGACUAGAUGUUUUAACCAGGCUUUGUAGCGAGCGCAGUGAGCGAGCAAUAUAAAAAGGGCACUUUAGUGUGCAAUCAAAAAUAAGAUUGUGCCACGCGUACAAUCAAACAACAAUGCACAUUAAAAGAGAUGAUAGGAAUAAUAAAGAAGUGAAUAAAAACUACUAAAUAUAGUCUUGGAAACAAGAAUCAAUCAAUAAAAAUAAUAAGAAAUAUAUAACU